UGUCCUCAGACUGUAUCGACUGCAGAAGGUGAGAUGAACAUAAGACAGGAGCAUCUGUGAAAGAAAACACUGCUCAAAGACAUAGACAUGGAGAACAUGAGGAAAAUGUUCAAAAGGUUAAAAAAACCCAAAAGAAGCAGAAGCAGAGCUCGUCUGGUGUCCUUGGAAAGUUCUGUGGACGCGGAUGAAAGAGACACACCCAUAGACCAGACCAGAGACCAGACCAUAGACCAGACCAGAGACCGAACCAGAGACCGAACCAGAGACCAAACCAGAGACCGAACCAGAGACCAAACCAGAGACCGAACCAGAGACCGAACCAGAGACCGAACCAGAGACCAAACCAGAGACCGAACCAGAGACCGAACCAGAGAGCGGACCAGGGACCAGAGCAGUGACCGGAGCAGAGACCUGAACGGAGACCCAACCAGAGACCAAACCGGAGACCAGACUGGAGACCAGACUGGAGACCAGACUGGAGACCAAAUGGGAGACCAACCUGGAGACCAGAACAGUGCUCUGUCCUUAGAUCAGGAGAGGCUGUGUGGGGUCCUGCGAGUUAUUCCUGGUCUCUCCAUGGUCCAGGUUCGCCGUGGUCUGAGCUCAGGUCUGGGCUCAGGUCUGGGCUCAGGUCUGGGCUCAGGUCUGGGCUCAGGUCUGGUUUUCAAGGAGGAUGAGGCUGAGAUGAUUGAGGAGUCUGCUCAGAUCCCACAGACGCCUCCAGAGCUGGAGACAGAGCUGCGCAAGAAGAAGAAACUGCUCCCGGCCCGCACCGCUAAAGACUGUCUCCAACUGCUCCAGUGGGCACUCUCUCAGUACUUCAGGGAGAGUCGGGAGCUGAUCGUCCAGAACUCAGACCUGAUCCAGCACAUAGACCUGAUUCUGUUGAGUGACUGGAUCCAACAGGCCCAGGACAAACUGCAGAGGCUUCUGAAGGAAGAAGUUUCCUCUCAGUUGAAUCACAUCUUGAAACUGGAGACACAGCACCAUCCCUGUGCCACUGAGGAGGACUAUAUCAGGACCUAUGUGGACGUGAUCCAGUGCAUUGAGGCGUCUCCCUCUGCAGCUGAGGCCUUCAGCUCCGCUCUGUCUCUGAAACUGUGUCAGCUCUGUCUGCAGCUGCUGCACUCCUUCACUAACAGCUACAAACAGCAGUGGUUCGAGUGGCUGGAAACACUCCAAAAGAAGAAAAUAGCCGACCAACAAAUGCUGCAGUUUUUCAGGACUCUGAAAAUCUGCAAAGAAUUCAAGGAAUACCUCACAAAGACCAAACUCAAACGACCUGAAGUCCAGGACGUGUCUGAAGAGGUUGAGAUGUUCCUCACAGAGACAGAGAAGUUUACUCACACAGUUGUUCUGGACACUGUGGAGGUGUUUGCUGAGAGCGGUUUUAAAAAGUACUUUGAAUCAAAGCACACAUGUGAUUUCCUGAAGACAGACCUGAAGAAGCUGUUCAGACCAGAGCACUGGCUGAGUCUGGAGGAACACAAGAGUAUGAUGGCUGAGUGCUACAAACAGAUAGUGCGUCUCUACGUCAGUCAUGUGAGCAGCUGUAAACUGACCAGACUCAAGAAGAAGUGGAACCAAAACGUGGAGUUUUCUGUGUGUGAAGACGCGAAGCACAUCCAUGAAACCUUCUCCAACCUGUGCCCUGGAAUGGAGGAGUGGAACUUUCCUUUAGAUUGCAUCAGUGAUUUGUUAAAGACAGAAGACAUAAACGCCCUCAAAGUAUCCACUGGGCAUCUGGUGAAAAAAUACAAGGACAGUGGUCUUACAUUGGACAUGUCUCUGCCAUUCACCCUGCUCCAGUGGAAAGGCCUGCCCCAAAAACAAAUCCGAGAAAUCCUGACGUCUUUGCAGAAAGUGGAACCAAAUCUUGUGAACCCUCUGGACAAAUCCUGUGUUAUUGCAUAAAACACACCUACUGUUUAUGUUUACCAGGCCUGUUAAAGGAGCUGUAUGAAACAUUUAGAUUUUACAUUUCAUAAACUUGACAAAUCAAAUCAAAUAUGACUUUUACUAAUAACAAUGGAAAUACUGAUUUAUUCUUAAUCACAAAAACAUUGGACACAUCUCAUUUAUUUACGAAUGAGCCUCACGUGAGUCUUUCAGUAGCAAUUUCAGCGCUGAAAUCCAGUGUGUUUAAACCUAAAAAGUCUCCCUCUGAUCUGAAUGAUCUAAACCUAAACUAAACCCCUGCUAGUGCAGCCUCUGCAGCUCAUGGAGAGAAUUCUGGACGUUCUGUAUGGAGUAAGAAAGCUGUCAAAAAUAUUCGUGCGCAUAAAAUAGAAAUCCGUGCGUAUU